AGUUUGUAUUCGAGUGUCGCGCUCUAAAGUUCAGGAACGUGCCGUGAUAAGAAUUUCUUGUCUGUCUAAUUAAAAUAAAACGAUUAAUUAAAUAAUUUAUUCACAUAAACUGAAGUAGAAUUUAUUUCAUCAAAUUUUUUGUUAAACUAAAUAAUUUGUUAAAUAAUUUCGUUUCCAAAAUGAGUUCAACGAAGUCCAUACUGCGAGUGAUGUUAUCAAGCUUUUGCUUGAUAUUAGGAUUAAUCGGAAAUUGUGGUGUCAAUGCUGAAAACCAAUUAAUGGUGCAAGUUUACUAUGAAACCCUUUGCCCAGAUAGUAUACGUUUUAUAUGUACGGAAUUUUAUAAUUCUAUGAAGGAAAAUGGCCGAUUGGAAUUUACGGAUUUGAAAUUUAUACCUUACGGUAAAGUAUCUUCUUGGACUAAUCCUACUACAAAUGUAACGAUACUAUAUUGCCAACAUGGAGAGACAGAGUGUGAAUUAAAUGCACUUCACGCCUGUAUAGUUGAGAAUAACUCCCCUAAAGAGCAAUUGGAUUUGAUCAAUUGUUUAUUAAGAUAUAACAACCAUAAUAUUGAUGUUUGCGCCGAAAAGCUAAAAAUCGAUGUGAGUAAGGCAAAAACUUGUAAAGCCACACGUUCCACACCCGACAUUUUGAAGAAGUACGGCGAUAUGACAGAUCUGAUUGAUUUGACUUUUGUUCCAUCAAUUGCAUUCGAUAAUAAUUUCGACCCUUGGGAUCAAGAUCAAUAUAGGUUCAAUUUUGAUAAAGCCUUUUGCAAGCAGUACAAAAAAAAAUUCGACGUGAAUCUACAAAAUUGCCCUAAUAACCGGAAAUUAAAUUAAUUAAUAUUAAUUAUCUUACU